AUGUCCGUCGAACCAACAUUUAUUGAGGGUAGUGUUACACCUCCUACUUCGAUAGAUUCUGAAAAUUCGGGAAUUGGAGCUCCAAGCCAAGCAAAUGUGACUACUGGGAAAAGAAAAGCCACUCCUCAAAGGUCAGAAGUUUGGUCUCACUUCACUAAGAUUAUUAAUAGUGAGGGUGUAAGUAAGGCUAAAUGUAAUUAUUGUCAAAAGGAAUUUUGUUGUGAUGUGAAAAGAAAUAGUACAGGGUCAUUGAAAUAUCAUAUUGGUGCAUGUAAGAAAAAUCCUAGCAAUGUUGUUGACACUAGUCAAGGACAACUAGUUUUACCUAGAAAGGGAGUUGAAGGGGGGGAAGGGCAUCUUUCAACUCGGAGAUUUGAUCAAGAAGCAUGUAGGAAAGGAUUAGCACAAAUGAUUGUGAUUGAUGAAUUACCUUUCAAGUUUGUUGAAAGUGAAGGCUUUAAGAAAUUUAUGUUUGUGGCAUGUCCUAGGUUUCAUAUUCCUUCACGAACUACUAUGACUAGGGAUGUUUAUCAACUGUAUUUAGAUGAAAGGGUCAAGAUAAAACAACUUUUGAAACGUUCUUGUUCUAGAGUUUGCUUAACUACUGACACAUGGACUUCUUUGCAAAGAGUUAAUUAUUUGUGUAUCACUGCUCAUUUUAUUGAUAAUGAUUGGAAAUUGAAUAAAAAGAUUUUAAACUUUUGUCCAAUUUCUAGUCAUAAGGGUGAGUCCAUCGGGAUGGUGAUUAAGAAAUGCUUGUUGAAUUGGGGGAUUGAUAAGUUGUUUACUAUUACUGUUGAUAAUGCAAGUUCAAAUGAUGUUGCUAUUGGUUAUUUGAGAAAGAAAUUUAACCCUCGAGGGGGUUUAGUUCAAAAUGGUAAAUAUCUUCAUAUGAGAUGUAUGGCACACAUUGUGAAUUUGAUUGUUGUUGAAGGCUUAAAAGAAAUGAAUAAAUCUGUUGAACAUGUUAAGGGGGCUAUUAGAUAUGUAAGACAAUCUCCAGCUAGAUUACAAAAGUUUAAGGAGUGUGUUGUGGUGGAAAAGAUAGAGUGCAAGAAGAUGUUGUGUCUUGAUGUUUGUACUACGUGGAACUCGACCUACUUAAUGUUAGACACUGCUCAGAACUUUGAGAGAGAUUUUGAGAGAUUUGAGGAGCAAGAUACAAACUUUAGGGCUGAACUUGAAAGGGGAGAGGGUUGGCCUAGUGUGGAUGAUUGGGCUAAUGUUAGAGACUUGAGGGAUUUCUUGGAACACUUUUAUGAAGUCACUUUGCGUAUAUCUGGCACUUCAUAUGUCACAUCCAAUAAUUUUUUUGAUGAGCUUUCUGAAAUAGAUAUUCUUUUACGAGAUGCUCAGUUAAAUAGUAAUGUUGAUUUCAAUGUUAUGGCCAUCAAGAUGAAAAAGAAAUAUGAUAGAUAUUGGGGUGAUAUUGAUAAGAUGAAUUUGCUUAUGUUUGUUGCUUGUGUUUUAGAUCCUAGACAAAAACUAAAGUAUCUUGAAUUUGCACUUAGUGAAAUGUCUAGUUCUGAAAAAGCUUCUGAAAUGAUGCAAAAGUUGAAGGAAUCUUUGUAUGAAUUGUUUGAUGAGUACAAGCCUUCACUUCAUAGUACUUGUAGCCAAUCGAGUGUGCCAACACAUGUUUCUCUCGGCGAACCACAACAAAAAAUGAAAAGGCGAAUGCAAGCUUUGAAUAAAAAGCGUAAGUUGGAAAUUUGUGGUGAGGAUAAAACCUCUGAGUUGGAUAAAUAUCUAGCUGGGGCUAAUGAGGAAUUUGUUCAAGAUUUUGAUAUUUUAUUGUGGUGGAAAGUGAAUAGCCCUAGAUUUCCCACUCUUUCAAAAAUGGCCAGAGAUGUGUUAGCUAUACCGGUUUUUACGGUUGCUUCAGAGUCUGCAUUUAGCACCGGGGGAAGUGUGCUUGAUCAAUAUAGGAGUUCUUUAACUCCUAAAAUUGUACAAGCUCUUGUGUGUACUCAAGAUUGGAUUCAAAAAUCAUCAUCACAAGAAGACAUCAAAGCGAUUGAAGAACAAAUCCAAGAGCUUGACAAGAUUGAAAAUGGUUUAAUGCAAAUGGAGAUCUUUUGGAGAGAAGAAAUGGAUGCAAAUGGAAAAUAUUAA